UUUCAGCAAGCUCAACAAGCGCAACAAUUCCAUCAAAUGAUGCAACAACACCAGAUGAUGGGCGGUCCACAAAUGAUGGUUCAUAAUGAGGUGCAACAGCAGCAACAACAACAACGAAGCAAUGGAGAUGGAACACUCUCGCCCACUAGUAACCAACUGGCUCGUUGGUUUUCACCAGAGCUCUUGGCUCAAGCAUCUGCCGGGAAACUCCCAUCGUUGGAUGCAACGCAAGCCCUUAGCUUGGAAGAAUUCGAACGAAAUAUGCACUCAUCCACCACCGUGAACAAUUAGCAACAUACACAGAAACGUGUGAGAGCAAGAUGAAUAGAGGAGAGAUGAAGCAUUGAGUCAUGAAGAAAACAAAAACUCAUGCUCGACAAUUAAAAAAAGGAAAUAGAAAUAAACAAUAAAACAUAAUUCAAAGCAGAAAAAACAUCCAAUUGUCUGU